CCUCCUUCCUGUAGCCCGGUUGAGGAAGUGAUUUUCGCUGACAGGGCUGGGUUCCGUGAGGGAGAGGCGAACAAAACAACUAAACUAAAAAAAGAACAUCAAGAGGCGAGAGGAGCGACUUGUUAACCCCCAGUGAGGCUAAGUUGUACAGUCGUCGGUGAAAUCGUGCUGCCCUGCCCCGCUGAGACCGCCGCAGACAUGAAUGACCAGCAGCUAGACUGUGCCCUGGACCUGAUGAGGCGUCUGCCUCCACAGCAGAUCGAGAAGAACCUCAGUGACCUCAUUGACCUGGUGCCCAGCCUUUGCGAGGACCUCCUCUCCUCUGUGGAUCAGCCCCUGAAGAUUGCCCGGGACAAAGUGGUGGGGAAAGACUAUCUGCUCUGCGAUUACAACCGAGACGGCGACUCCUACAGAUCUCCGUGGAGUAAUAAGUAUGAACCUCCCAUUGAAGAUGGUGCGAUGCCUUCAGCUCGCCUGAGGAAACUCGAGGUCGAAGCCAAUAACGCCUUUGACCAGUACAGAGACCUGUACUUUGAGGGUGGUGUGUCCUCGGUGUACCUCUGGGAUUUGGAUCACGGCUUUGCUGGAGUUAUUCUCAUCAAGAAGGCCGGGGAUGGAUCCAAGAAGAUCAAAGGGUGCUGGGACUCCAUCCAUGUGGUGGAGGUGCAGGAGAAGUCCAGCGGUCGCACUGCUCACUACAAACUCACCUCCACCGUCAUGCUGUGGCUCCAGACAACCAAGACCGGCUCCGGUACCAUGAACCUGGGCGGCAGCCUCACGAGACAGAUGGAAAAAGAUGAGACAGUCGGAGAGUCCUCACCCCACAUCGCCAACAUCGGCCGCCUUGUCGAAGAUAUGGAGAACAAGAUUCGCUCCACACUGAAUGAAAUCUACUUUGGCAAGACCAAGGACAUAGUCAACGGCCUGAGAUCUAUUGAAUCUUUGCCUGAUAACCAAAAGUACCGGCAGCUCCAGAAGGAGCUGUCGCAGGUCCUCACCCAGCGUCAGAUCUUCAUUGACUAGGGUCAGAGGACUGUUCAGACUCUGGCUGACAAGUCAAAGCAGGAGGCUCUGAGGGUCGACCUGAUGGAUGCACUCAAACGCAAGCAUAACAGCUAGAGAUGCUACUGUUGUUUUUCUUCUGUCUCUCACUCUCUCUCCGCCUCGUGUCUGCCAUCUCUUCUCUGUUUCUUUAUGUCUCUCCCUCCAUACCUGUUUCAGUGCUGCACUCUUGUUUAUUUGUGGAAAAAACAAAAAAGGAGAAAAUGCUUAGCUUUGUUUAUUGUUUUUUUUGUUUUUUCCUGUCCGGUUUCGUUUUCAUGCAUCUCAUCUGCCAUGAAGCCAUUCACUCCCUCUCUCUCUCUUCACCCCUCUCUUCUCUCUCUCUCUGCCUCUUUCCCAUGUUAUGAAUAUAAUGAUAGUAUUACCACGGUUAAUGAUAAUCUUACAGUGUGAGGGUCAUUGUAGUAAUAAUCCCUGAUGUUCUCACAGCUGAUGUGCCCUCUGUCUGUUUCAAAUGAGUGAUUUUUUUGGCCCCACUCUUCCUCCGUGACGAGGAAACGGACACAGACUGUGGUGUAAGCUCGGCGGGGCUGUCAUUAUUAAAGACAUAAAAAAAUUUUGUUGCACCUAUUUUUGUCCACGACAUGCCCCCACCCCAAUAUAUUUGUAUAAAAUUAUUACUGUCCGUGUAUAACUGUCAUUAUUCUGGGCGACGUAAACAGCGUGACCACGAGGGCGGCCUUUAGUUUUUUACUGUUUACUCCACUAAUGCAUGUGAGCCUGUGUGCGAUCCUGGGGGCUGCAGCGAGUGGAAAAGUAGACUUAUCAAACAUGGGGAUGGACUUGUUAUAAUCACCGGGUGAUUACACCCACAUCGUCAACCCAACCCCUUACACUGUGUAUAACAUGACAGUUUGCCUCCCUUCUGUUCUGCUUAUUCAACUUUUCUCUGUCCUCACCUACUAUGUCUUUGUUGGGGGUCACAGUUUUGUCUUUGUGUCUCAGUGGAAACCUUUGACCGUUUCCAUUUUGGAGGGGAAUCUUUUGUUGUAUUUUUGUUUUGUUUUUAUUUUGUAAAGCUUAUGAUUCAUAUUGUAUUAGAGCCUCCAGCAACAAUAAAAACUGUAAAAAGCUA